CGGGGCCCAGGUGUACUUACAGGUCUGCGGGUGGGGGCCUCGACCUCCGCGCCAAACCCGGGAGGCGGGGCCGGCGUGCGGGCUAGGGACUGCUCCUCUAGGAUUGGCCUGUGCCCGGGAGGCGGGGCCUGUGCGCGCUGCAGCUGCGGGCUGCUAUUGGCCUCAAUUCAGGGCCCGCUGCCGGCGUGCGGGCGAGGCUCGGGGCGCGAGGACCGAGCCGGGCAGCUGGUUCGCGAGCCGAGGGAGGGGCCGGGGCGGUGGUAGAGGUGGCGGCGGCCGGUACUGGACCCGGCGGAAUGAGCGAGGCGGAGGUGGCAGCGGUGGUCACAGCGGUCCCCGCGGCGACGGUGCCCGCUACAGCGACAGGGGUGGUAGCGGUGGUGGUACCGGUGCCCGCGGGAGAGCCACAGAAAGCAGGCGGCGGAGCGGGCGGCGGCGGGGUCGGAGCCGCCCCCGGCACCGCUGCUGGGACCCCGUCGGCACCGGGCCCCCGUAACCCUGGCAAUCCGGCGACAGCACCCUCGGGGACCUCCGCGCUCCCAGCCCGGAGUCAGGCGGACAAGCCGGUGCUGGCAAUCCAAGUCCUGGGCACUGUCAAAUGGUUCAACGUCCGGAAUGGUUAUGGAUUCAUCAACAGGAAUGACACCAAGGAGGAUGUCUUUGUUCACCAGACAGCUAUCAAAAGAAACAACCCCAGGAAGUUUCUGCGCAGCGUUGGAGACGGGGAGACUGUGGAGUUUGAUGUCGUGGAAGGAGAGAAGGGUGCAGAAGCUGCUAAUGUAACUGGGCCUGGGGGUGUGCCAGUGAAGGGCAGCCGCUAUGCCCCCAAUCGACGUAGGUUCCGCCGAUUCAUCCCCCGGCCUCGCGCAGCUGCCCCACCACCCAUGGUGGCAGAGGUUCCAUCAGGUGGGACAGAACCAGGCAGUGAGGGGGAGCGAGCUGAAGACUCUGGGCAGAGGCCCAGAAGACGGCGCCCACCACCCUUCUUUUACCGACGUCGUUUUGUGCGAGGCCCUCGGUCCCCCAACCAGCAGCAGUCUAUAGAGGGCACUGAUGGGCUAGAACCCAAAGAGACAGCCCCAUUGGAGGGGGAUCAACAUCAGGGAGAUGAGCGGGUCCCCCCACCCAGAUUCCGGCCCAGAUACCGAAGGCCUUUUCGCCCCAGGCCACCCCAGCAGCCCACCACAGAAGGUGGGGAUGGUGAGACCAAGCCCAGCCAAGGCCCCACUGAUGGGUCCCGGCCUGAACCUCAGCGCCCACGAAACCGCCCCUACUUCCAACGGCGACAGCAGCAGCCGCCUGGACCCAGGCAGCCCACAGCCCUGGAACCUGACACCAAAGAGCCAGCAGUGCUGGGUCCACCUCUGGCAGGUGUCCCUGCUCACCAGGAAACCCCAGAGGCAAUUAAACCUCAGGCCCCAUUGACAGUGGGGACCCCACCACCACCAUACUGGAGUGACUCCAAUUUAGAGGACACCCAGAGCUACCAUCUGGUAUCUGCCAGUUUUUCCAACUGACCUGUACCCUACCCAGCACCUUCUCCCCGCUUUCCCAUAAUUCAUGACAUCAAAACACCGGCUUUUCCCCCUUUUCCUUGAGACUCAGGAGGGCCAAAGCAACAGCCUUUUGUUUGUUUUUUUUUUUCUUUUCUCUCCUUUACCAAGAGUUGAAGGGAUCCAUCCUUACUGUUCAGAGGCAACAACUUCCUCCCCUAAAUUCAGGCUGAGAAGAAACCAGCCAGCUCUUACCUCCUCCUGGUUGUUUUUCUUUCCCACCCCAGUUUAUUUUUGUUUCUCUUCUACCCACAUCUCUGAAGCCGUUUUAUGAACUGUCAUGUGCCACCUGAGCGUCCAGUAAAAACAAAAAAACAGGCUUUCCUGUUG